CGCGCGAGAACGAGCGGGCUCGACGCGCCGCACGCUCGCGGACCGCGCGCACGCACGUGAUCGCGCACGCUCUCGCGGAAAACGUUCCGUCCGAUCGGUACUUAGCGAACUUCUCACAGCACAGGGGUGUCGUGCGCACUCCUCUCCAUCCCUCCCCCCGUCUAUCCUCCCCCGAGAAUGCCCUCCGCCUCCGCCUCCGCUUGGUUGCGCCGUCACGUGGACGGUACCUUCGGACGGGAGUAAAGCACUCGGUGGUUCUGCUCCGAACCGAUACGUGCCGAUCGCGACGAUCUCGUCGGACCAGUGAGUGAUAUCCGGUGAUCUCGGCGUGGUCGCAUGCUAUUUAACGAGAGUCACGAGAGCUGACGGAGCUUCGAGCAAACAUCCGCGGAAGAUGAUACCUUUUCUAUCUUUUCGAACAAGAUGAUAUUUUAAAGGAUAACUUUCUACCGUCGACGUCAAGUACUUUAAAUGACGACGCGCUACGUGACUUCUUAUCAGAGAAUGUGACCGUUGAAGUCAUAGUUCAAUCAGUGUGGUCGUGCCUCAGGAUUCCGAAGUGUCGUUUUAAAAAUCCGCGUGAGAUUUUGCGCGAGAAACUCGUGACUGUGAAUAAACUUGUCCGAGUGUCGAGAAGGGCUUCGAAAGAGAUCGAUCGAAGGUCUUUUGCUUUCCUUCGUGGAUUACGUCUUGGACCGAAUUACCGUGACACAGUGGUAAAUCUUGCCGGAAGAGAGUUUGAACAUCGGUGAGUGCUUCGGAAUUCGUUCGUGCAGCGAGAUGGCUCACGUGAAAAGCCAGCGGGCAUGUGAACCAUUAAAAAUCAGCGGGCAAGUCCGAGUUCGUGCUACCAGAAAAAAGUUUACACAGUAGAAAGAAAAAGAGAAAAAAAAGAGGAAACAAAAAGAAAAGCGAAAGAAAGAGGAGAAACAGUCACCAUAGCGGCGUAAGGACGACGUACCCCGAGUAAAGGCGCUCGGUCUCGAUCGCGUACCCCAAAAAUAAUGGGUUGAACUUUCGCGUGGCGUUCUCCACUUGUACGCAGGAAGAAAACUAAAAUGGAAGCUCAACGAGCAACGAGCCGCUUCGACUUUCGCAUUGACUCGCGUUCUUAACGAACGGUAAUCGGGUUCUCUUCGGAAAAGUUCUCGCGCGUUUCGUUAGCCACAGAAAGAAUUGGUGCUCAGUGACGUGAAGUGUUAAGUCCAACGAUAGCAGUGAUGACGUAUUGAACUUUUGUAAAACGCGAUAGUGCUGUCCAUCGCUUUUGAAAAUUAUCCCCCCCCCCCUCCGUCCAUCGACCGCGCCCACAUUCUUCGUUCGUUCGAUCCGUAAUCGAGUGUAUCGUCGAUCUUCAUCAUCCGUGGAUCCUGCCCGUUACUUAUACAUUCUCGGAGGAAAUCUCGCGUGCGUAAUCUUCCAUUCGCAACUUUAUCGCGCUCGUCGCAUCGUAUUCGUCGCGCGGCCAUUACGGCCGUGGACGAAUUAAAUCUUAUUAAGCGGCGGUGUAAAUGCAAAUGGAAGAAACGCGAAGCCGGGGAAGAGAAGCCCCGGCUCGCGAGAUAGACGGAGAGGCGUAAUACCUGCCGAGGAAACGAGGAAACGUUACUCGCGGUUCAAGGACCCCGCGAAGUUGCGAGAAAGACGAGCAGCGACAACGACUGCAAACUCGAGCGGGGGGAGACGCGUUCGCUGUACUCAACGAAAUCGAUUACCGACAAUAAAACGUUCCGUUAAGAGGGAAGAUAUCAUUUCUCCGAAGGUGCCUGAUGAAAUGCUAAAUAAAUCGCCGAGAUACGGGACAUCCUUUCGCGGCGAACUUGCCUCGCUAAUGAUGCUCGACGUGUCCUGCGAGUUAUGUUGCUUCAACUUACGCGGCCUGUCGACGAAAAAGAAUCGCACUUCAAUAGGAACGUCUUACACGCGAUACCCAACAGAUGCCAUCCACCUAUCGAAAUAACAUUACACCGGUUUGCGUAACAAGUAACGAAGGAAAAUUUAACCGAACGAAGUUUGAUGAACAAGUUUCGACGUACAUCGAGCGGAGUAUAUCAAGCGCUGAAUAGUUAAACGAGCUUAUGAAACCAUAGCCAUCUUAUUAUUAUCAAGAAAGUUCAGCCGAUACUUAACUCCGUUAUCGGGACUGUGGCGGUGAUUCAGAAGACCCUCGAAGAUUCGAGAGAGGUGAUGAGAAAUUGUCCAAGGAUCGAGGAGACGUCGGUGGGCUGACAGGGAUCAGCCCUCGAAGCUCGAGAUCGCAUGGUCGGGAUCCUCGCGCAGAUUUCCGAAGACUCAAAAUAGAGUGACGUCACGUUCUCCUCUUCGUUCUCUUCGGUAAAGCUGCGAGAGUGUCCGUUCGUGGAUCCGGAUUCCCCAGUUACCGUCGGAACCGUCGUCGGACUCGAGGAAUUGAGAGGCGCGCGCGAAUGCUGAAUGCCGCAGGCGGUAGCAUCGCCAUCAAGCGCGACGUGCACCAAGCUGUUCGCCGUCGGCACCGCCGACGCCGUGAUCGUCGCUCGUACGUACGUUCGAUGCCCGUACAAUGGACGUUUUCAAACUCGAUCAGUCGCUGAGCGCGGGUUUGGGCAGCGCCCCGGCGCCGGAUACCCUCACGCCGGAAGUGUCGUUCGACGCCGGCAGUGAGUUCAAUCUGAGCUUCUUCGACGGCCCGGAGGAGAACAACAGCACCCAGGGUUUCAGCGACCCCGGUUCCGUGGGUAGCGCCAGCGCCUCGCCGCCCCCCGGUACACCCGGUGGUGGCGCCGUACCCCCGGUCGCCGCCGCGACCGUCGCCACCGCCGCCGCCACCGGUGCAGCCUCCGCCUCCGUCGGUGUUAAUAAUCCGAACGCGCCACCGCUGCCGAUCGUCCAGGUGCCCACCGCCGGCAUCGUCAUUAAGCAAGAGCAGCAUUACGCAGCAGCUGAUUCCAAUAGCUCGACGCCCGCUAAGAGCUUCGUACCCUGCAAAGUCUGCGGCGAUAAGGCGAGCGGCUAUCAUUACGGUGUUACCAGCUGCGAGGGUUGCAAAGGCUUCUUCAGGAGAAGCAUACAGAAGCAGAUAGAGUACAGGUGCUUGAGGGACGGCAAGUGUCUUGUCAUCAGAUUAAAUCGGAACCGUUGCCAGUACUGCAGAUUCAAGAAGUGCCUAGCCGUCGGUAUGUCCAGAGAUUCCGUGAGAUACGGCAGGGUGCCGAAACGCUCGAGAGAACGCGGCCCUGAGGACACGAUGGCGACGACCAUGACGACGACGACGACGACGACGACGAUGGCGACCAUGGAAAUGCAGCAACUGACCACACCUGAUACCGGCAAUAACAACGCCAGCAACAAGAACAACAAUAACAACAACAAUAACAACAAUAAUAACAACAAUAACACCCAGAGCCAGAACGCGAUCUCACGAGUACCGUCUGCGGCGGUGGUCGAGGCUGAUCAAUCGGAUGCUGAUGUGAAGCAGCUGGCCGUGUACGAUGUGAUCCAUCAGGUGUCACAGGCUCAUCACGCUCAUUGCGGCUUCACGGAAGAAUCCACCAGGGGUCUCACAAGGAAACCUAUGAUAAUACCGGCGAGUAAUUCUUCGCAGCCCGCCAGCCCGGAGGAUCCGGAAGCGGCGUCCUCGACCGCGGAGACGGUCGAGUCGCAGAGGAUCUGGCUGUGGCAGCAAUUUGCCACGAGGGUGACGCCGUCGGUGCAGAGGGUGGUGGAGUUCGCGAAGCGAAUGCCGGGAUUCUGCGAGCUCUCGCAGGAUGACCAGCUGAUCCUGAUCAAAGUCGGCUUCUUCGAGGUGUGGCUCUGUCACAUCUCCAAAAUGACCACUGACAAUUCGAUGACUUUCGAAGACGGCACAUAUUUCACCCGCCAGCAGUUAGAACUGAUGUACGAGCCCGACUUUGUGUCCGCGCUGAUGCAAGUCACAUCGUCGCUGAAUGCUCACCAACUGACGGAUACCGAGUUGGGCCUAUUCUCGGCGGCGGUGCUGCUGAGCGAGCGACCGGGACUGAACGACGUCAAGGCCGUGCAGAGGUUGCAGGAUCGCGUGCUGGAGGCGUUGAGGGUGCAGGCGACACGGCCCUCCGGCGAAGGCGCCGGCGGCACGGUCACCACGAUCACCAGCGUCUCGCAAAGGAUACCCGAACUGAGAACGCUCGGCGCCAGACACGCCAAUCUCCUGGAUUGGUUCCGCAGAAACUGGACGAAGCUUAAAUUACCGCCGCUGUUCGCCGAGAUCUUCGACAUUCCCAAGUGCGAGGAGGAUUUACAAUGAAGAGCUUCUAUAAGCAACAGCGAGGCCAAUAAUUCGAGACCAAUGACGCCGUGAUGUCGGCGAGAAAUCGAGUCGUCCAACGCUUACCGAGGCCGCUCUGAAUAUCUAGACACGUUUGUUUUAAUUGACAGACAGUGAAACACGUCUAACAUGAUCACGAGAUCCGAAUUGCGUGAAGAACGAGCGGUUGGAACCGAGAAAUGAAGCAUAUCUGUGAAGACUAUCGCAAAGAAAUAUUAUACAAAAUAAAGAAGAGAGAAAAGCGAAGAUGCGAUUGUCGAUGAUUGUCAAUGGCAAUUCUCGCUGACUUGUCCCUUCUGACGAGAUAUCUCGAUCGAUCAAAAGCCAAGGAAAUAUUUUCGGCCGAGAGAUCGCGAAAGAUUUGCCGAUAUUAAAAAAAAAUUAAAAAAGAGAAAAGGGAAAAUAUGCAAUCGUCGAUUAUCUGGGCAGCGAGAUCGAGCGGCGGACAUUAGCGCAACUCUCUGGCCGGCGAUCUUUUAGAGAAUUCCCUCAGGAUAUCUCUCGAUCGCUUCGCAGCGUGACAGAAGAUAAUCUCAAGAGAAGGAAAGAUCAUCUUUAACGGGCCGUGCAAGCAAUACGACGGAACUCCAAGCUUCGUGCCAGCUCGGAGGGAAAUACGCAGACGCAAUUUGCUCAAAUCCAACGGAAACGGCUUUGUAUUCGCCAGGCAAUAGCACACACGCAUCAGAGCACGUGCGUCUCCGAACAGGCGUGUACUUGAAAUACUCAAUCGACGAGGGCGGGUUCUUUCGCGCCGCUUUGUCGCCGCGUCAAGUAAACAGAUGGCUGUUUUAACGAGCAUCACAAGCGAUGAGCAAGCACAAAAAAAAGCAUAAUCGAGUCACGGACGUCCGUUCGUGCACAACACUUCUGUCCUUUUCUUUCUCUUUUGUUUCUUCGAUUAAUUCUAAGAUUUAAGGAUAUACAUAUAUGUACAUAUAUAUAUAUAUAUAUAUAUAUAUAUAAAUAACAGCGUGCAGUAUCCGUUUGAGAACGGCUAGAACGGAAUCGGCCAAAUGAUAGCAUCAGAAACACCAACUACAUACUCAACGGACAUAUCAGAAAUUAAGAUUACGAAGUGUUCCCUUGUGUAUCAAGCGUUGCCGAGCACGAAUGUGUCUCUUGUGAGACACGCGGCCAGUGUAAUUGCAACGAGUUCGAAUUUCGAUGUUGCACAAACGCGUGGAAAACAUUCAGUCCAACGACGGGAAGAAAGAGCUACAGGCUUUUCCGAAUAAGAAUUGAAUAUCGCGGAUUUCCUUUGCCACACAUUUUACAAUUACUUGUAAUAAUAUACAAUAAUAAUGAGAUACAUGUCUUUAAUUAUAUAUUAAUAAAUAUGUAAUUAUAGGGAAAAGGGUGGAAAAGUGCCGAGAAUAGAUACAUAUCCAAAUUUUUAUAUAUUUAUUUUCUUGUGUGUUGUGUCAUCGAAAGGCGAACUUGUGAAAAUGUCAUCGUUUUCGAUCCCCAAUUUGUCGCGACACCGAGAUGACGAUGAAUGAUUGUACGCGGCCGCGUAAAUGUAACAAAACGCGCGUGUGAUCGGGCACGAAGUUUGCGCGAUAUUAGCGCGAGCACGCGUACAUAUAUGCAUACAGCAGUUAUGAGCUUAUGUAUGUCAUUAAAAGCGCUGAGAAGAAGCAUAUACAAAUUUCAUUGCUGUAAGGCUCGAGAGAGGAAAUCUUUAUAGAACGUAUCUUCUUAUAGGCGCAUCUGCUACGAAUUUCAAUCUAUGCAAUCUCUAUUUUUAUUACUCGACAAGUAGAAUAGCGAAUUAUCUCAGUAUACAUAUAUAUAAUUAUAUAAUUUGUAUAAUUGUGUAAUUAUAUAUGUAUAUAUAAAUUAUAUAUCGUCGCGCACGGCGCUUCGGGAGACUGUUCCGAGCGGAAGCGCACAAGAGAAAACCGAAACGCGGUUCGAAUUAAAGUUCCUCAAAUAAUCACACGGAAAAUUUUCGCACGUAUAGAAUUCGGACACAAUGAAAGGAAUAGGAAAUUAAAAAUAGAGAAUUAGGAAUAAAAAAUUUCAACGUAUAUCAACGGAAUCCAUUCUUCGAUGCACACUCAGAGAAUAUCAAGUUGCUCUUUUAUUCGGAAAUGAUUUUCUAUGUUUCUAAAUUAUUCUUUAUAUUUAUUUUUUUUUACUUCUCAUUUCCGCUCAUUGUGCCUGAAUCCUCACUCGUCGCGGCGAGUCUGUGUCUGUGAUCUGUAAAUCGUGUCCCGCGACAACAGCAUGCAACGCGACGAGUUGCUACUUGUUACACGUGCGUUACAAAAUUCCGCGAACGAAUAUGUGUGUCAGCGACACGCGGUCCACAUACACACGAGACACCCAACGCACGCAACGUCCAGAGAAUUCUACCUGACUCGCGAUUCCGCGCGGAACGAUUCUGGCGGCGAAGCGCGACCGGCUCUUCAAAUUUCAAACGCUAAUAACUUUCUGACAAUGACUAGGGUAUAAUUCAUAAUAAUAUAUGUAUAAUCGCAGAGCGUAUGUGCACGUAUCCGUGCGUACAUCUGUGUGUGAAUGUGUGUGCGCGUGUGUAUGUGUGGCGUAUGCGCGAAUGCAUCGAAAUACUCAUCCGUGAAAACAUGGAAUAAGAGAGCAAAAAGGAUAUCGAUAUAAAUUUCACUGUUUUAUCUAUACGCCGGGCGUACUAACGACGUAACCCGGUUUUAUUGUCGCUAUCACUCAAAUCGGAAAAGAGGAAUCGAAAAUAUUGUCCUUGCAAUUAAAGGAAGGAAGAAGGAAUUUCUCCAAUCUGUAUUACUCUAUCUCUUUUUCUCGCUCUUUCUCACUCUUUCUAAGCGCUCACAUCAAGUUGUGAAUAAACAUAUCAUACUUAAUAUAUUGGACAAAGAGGAUAUCAUCGUUUAAUAUAAUAUAAAUAUAUAUACAAAUAUAUAUAGGAGAAAUAUAUAUAUGUAUAUUGCAAAGGAACAUUAUAUUGAAGCUAUAUUGCAAAAAAAAGAAGUAGCUGUUAAUUAACGCGUUAAUGUCGAGUGAAUCGCAAGGUAGGACAUAUCGAUGAUUACGAUGCAACGAUCACAAUCACGUGGUAGUGUUCUCUCGCUUUUAUAUUUUAAUCAUCGUAAUUUUUCUAUUUUAAUUGGCAUUGUCUUUCGUGAUCUAAUAUAAAUUGAGCAUGCGUAACUUUGACAUUUAUUGAUCGUCAUACUGUUUUCGCUUUCGCUAUCCGAUUAUCGCGAAAAGAGAAAAAUGUCGAUUAGACUUUCAGGGUUUUGGGAUAAAGUUUCGAGAAAGGAUAUCUCCGAUUGUGAAAUCCAAUGACGAGGACAUCGACGGCGACAUCGAUGUCUCUUGGCUUAUUAAAAUUGGAAGAGGCUGUGAGAGAUAAAUUUUAGUGCAAUGUGCAAUGAUAAUUUUCCGAGGGAUAAUCUCGAGGGGUUCCAAGCGACUAAAAAGAGAAAAUAAAGGAAAAGAAGAAAUGAGAAAAAGAAGAAAAAAAAGUUAAAAAAGAAAAGGAACGACAGGAAUUCCCUAAACGUUAACUUUUUUUAUAUCGCUAAGUUGAUACAAAUUAAAAAUGGAGAACGUAAGUAAAUAAAUAAAUGAUAGAUAUAUAAAUAUCACAGGUAUUAUCACUCUCUUCCAAGGUCGACAUUUUUCUCCCAGUUUACAUCACGGUCGUAUUCUUCAAAAUUUCUAGUCCCACGAAAAUUAUUCACCGAGAUAGCAAUCGUGAAUUGAAGAGGUGUUCUGGCGAGCGUUGCUGGAGUAUAUAAUUAAACGGCCAAAUACAUCAUAGUAAUAAUAUAGCGUAAUAUUGUAUUAUUAUGAUAAAAAAGAUAAUUCUCUAUCUGUCUCUAUCUCUUAGCGACGACGCCGGUCAAUCGUCCUUCGUCGUCUUUGCGCAACGCCGAUAGUGUUCCUUCGCGUUCUUGCUGGUUGUUCGCGCGCGAAUCGAUGAUGCUCCACUUUUAGGGACGCGCCCGAAUCCCUUCGCCCUGAUUUCGCCCAGAUCUUUCGCUCCGGUCGUCGGCGAUCCUUCGUUCUUUGACUUCUCGUAGCGUAAACUCGACGAUUGGCCGGUACAGUAAAGAAAAAAACACACACACGACAUACAAAAAUGGAAUCGAUAAUCAUCGAGUGAUGUAAUUUGAAUCUCGAUAUAGUAUGGGAAGGAUCGAAUAAAAAUCGAAUCGCGGAGAUGUUGAUGCGUAAAUCUUCAUGACAUGAAACUGAGUUUGUCGUCGAGCGAGAUCCAUGAAGUGGAUCAAAGUGGAAACAAUCAUCGAAACAACGCAUUUUUUUCACCAGUUCUUAUUGGUUCUAUCGUCAUUCUAUGUCGAUAAAUCUCCGUAUUUUCCCAAUCUUUUGGAACUUACCAAACCGACUUAAAGGGACGAUUUUGUCCUUUUUCCCCUGUUUCUCAAUCUCAAUUUUCUUUUUUCUCUCUCGUGUUCCGACCGAAACGCAAGUUCCGAGUUCGUCCACUCCCUUAAUCCUUUUUUUUCCUUUAGCCCGUCCUUCUGAUCUGCCAUCCCCCGGUCCUCCUGAUUUGAUCUUUCGCUUUGUCUCUUUUAGAUUUCGAGAUUCGAGAUUUCGGUCAUGGUGCUAUAGUAUCUGUACAUAUACUUAUAGAAAUCGUUGGUAUAAUCAGUAUCGUUACGAUUAAUAAUAUUAUUACGGUUAAAAUUCGAUUAUUAUCGCUGUGCUCCUCCUACUGCUAUUAUCAUUAUCAUCAUCGAUAUGUUUAUUAUCGUUAUUGCUACCAUCAUUAAUAACUAUUAUUAUGAUUAUAAUUAUUAUUGAUAAAGAUAUUAUAUUAUAUUGAUUGUACUUAUUAAUGAUUAUCUAUAUCGACGUUAUGUAUCGUCAGCGGCGCUAUUUAAGUCAAGUGAGUGCAAGGAAAGGCAGAACAAUAAGAUGGUCCCCCGACGGUUUUCGAAAUAUAUAUUUCUAUGUAUUCCGCCCGCAGUUGCUAAGAUUACGUAAUAAUCAUUCUUUGGUUUAAUAUGUAGACUUACAUGCGCGCAUUAUACACAUUCUCUCCGAUACAUAUCAAAAGCGGCAAUAUAUAUUCAAAUAUGUAGGAUAGUCACAGAUUCGCACAACAAAAUUCUGUUAUCAAGUUAAAACCAAUUUCUUUCUGACUCAAUUUAUCAUGAAUUCAAUUUUAUUUAUAAAUCAGUUGAAUUUUAUUUAAUUUUCGAUGUACGAAUAUACGACAUUAAACACAUCGGUAAAGAUUUCUUGCAAAAGAAGAUUCCGUUUAAGUGAGUCUAUUUAAAAUUAACUGAAAUUUAAAAUAAAAUGAUGUUUUCUAUUAAUUAUGAAAUUCUUCAAUUACGAGUAGUCUUACGUUUGUGUGGAAAAAAGAUUAUAAAUCGAUCAAGGGAUUUUAUUGUGUCAAGCACUUGCGCGAAUUUGUGUCCAUCGUGUAUACAUCUAAAGGCACCUGACUGAAAAGAAAUGCGAGCGUUGUCUGAAAAUAAAAUCAUUAACAAAUUGCGAAAGGAUUUUAUCAUAACACUCGUUUAUAUUAAUAAAUCCUUUAAUUUAUAAAAAUAAGUUUGAAAAAAUUAACUUGCUCAAAUACUCGAUUUAUACUAUCGAAUGUUUUAUCAAACGAUUUGGACAUAUGUAAACAAUGUAUGUCCAACAGUGGUCAACGUAUAAAUAGAAAAAAAA